AUGGGGGCCUGGCAUCCCCCUCCCAUCGCCCCGGCCUCGCACGGGGACCCGGCCUCGCACGGGGACCCGACCUCGCACGGGGACCCGACCUCGCACAAGGACCCGGCCUUGCACGAGGACCCGGCCUCACACGUCGACCUGGCCUUGCACGAGGAUCCGACCUCGCACGCCGCCCCGACCUUGCACGUGGACCCGGCCUUGCACGAGGACCCGGCCUCGGCCACCUCCAGCACCGGACGCUGCAGGUUUUACGCCGCCUGCGUCGUCCUCGGCCUCCAGUUCCUGCACGAGCACCGCAUCGUCUAUAGGGACCUCAAGCUGGACAACUUGCUGCUGGACGCCGAGGGCUACGUGAAGAUCGCCGACUUCGGGCUCUGCAAGGAAGGCAUGGGCUUCGGGGAGCGCACGAGCACCUUCUGCGGCACGCCGGAGUUCCUGGCGCCCGAGGUGCUCACGGACACCUCGUACACCCGCGCCGUCGACUGGUGGGGGCUGGGCGUGCUGCUCUACGAGAUGCUGGUGGGCGAGUCGCCCUUCCCCGGGGACGACGAGGAGGAGGUGUUCGACAGCAUCGUCAACGACGAGGUGCGCUACCCCGCUUCCUCUCCGCCGAGGCCAUCGCCAUCAUGCGCAGGCUGCUGCGCAGGAACCCCGAGCGGCGGCUGGGCUCCAGCGAGCGGGACGCCGAGGACGUCAAGAAGCAGCCCUUCUUCCGGAGCACGGACUGGGAGGCGCUGCUGGGCCGCCGGGUGCCCCCCCCCUUCGUGCCGCUGCUGGGGGGCCGCGAGGACGUGAGCAACUUCGACGAGGAGUUCACGGCCGAGGCGCCGGCGCUGACCCCCCCCCGCGAGCCCCGCGCCCUCAGCGCCCGCGACCAGGAGGCCUUCCGCCUCUUCGACUACGUGCGCCCCCCGGGGACCCCCCCCCGGG